GGUACAUUUGGACACCAUCCAGGGAGUUUUGAGGAAAUCCUUAUAUUAUUGGCACGUGCCUUUUUAAGAGUCUCUUGUAAAAGCGCGUGGUCGAGAAACGUGACGUUUGACGGGUGAAAGUUGAACAGAUGAGAAAAACAGGAGGUGUGUAACUCUCAUCUUUUCUGUUAUUGUGAGAAGGACUGCUAGUGUGAACGGCAAACGCAACAUUCAGAGAUGAGUUUAAGUGUUAUUCUGUCAGAGAUCGACGGUGGAGAUGACAAGGGGGUUGAAAAGCUUUUGCUGAAGUAUAACACAGAGAACAGCCACACGUUUGCCUUUGACCACAAAGAGGAGGAUGCACGCAUUAAGUUAUGUCGGGGUCUUCUUACAGUCCUCCGUCGGUCAGAUCUUCCACUUUGCCAAAGCACCUGCCUGGAGACCCUGCGCAUCCUGUCCAGAGACAAGCGUGUACUUGGACCCGUAGCCACCAGAGAGGGCAUCCUCACUCUAGCAGGGCUUGCCCGGAUCCGUGUGGCGGGACACGACGGAGAGCCGUUAGAGGAGGCGCAGUCAGCAGAAGAGGAGAGGGUAGUGGUAGAGGCCCUCAAGUGCCUGUGCAACGUGGUGUUCAACAGUGUGUCGGCACAGCAGGUGGGAGCUGACUUGCAGUUGGCGGAGGGCCUGUGUGCCUGUUUGCAUUCGAUCAGCUCGUCCCAUCAUGAGGUUGGCCUGUUCUCUCUUCGGCUGCUGUUUCUGCUUUCCGCCCUGCGGACAGAUGUGCGUAGCACGCUUCAGAAGGAGGUGGGCGCAGUGAGGCUGCUCACUAAUGUGCUGGAACGCACCCUCGACGUGCGUUGGGUGGGGCCAUAUGAGGCUGCGCCCCCUGAUCCAGAAGCCCUGCCCAUUUCACUAGAAAACAACGAGCAUGCCAUGGAAGCCCUUAAAGCUCUUUUUAACAUCACCAUGUCUGAUUCGAGUGAUGAGGACAGUGACCACCAGCUUCGGCUCAUUGCAGGCAUCAUGAGACAUCUCCUAAUGCUGAAGACACACUCUGAAGAUAAAACAGAGGAGGCUCACAGUCAUGCCAUAAAUCUCCUGAGUAACCUUCCUGUGCAGUGCCUGGAUGUUCUGAUAGACGUCCCUGUCCAAGGUGGGAUGGAAAAGUACGGUGGGAAGAACAUGGACACAGUGCAGAUGCUGCUAGAUUUUAUGGAAAAGAGGAUAGACAAGGGUUCCAACUAUAAAGAAGGCUUGACACCUGUGCUGAGUCUGAUGACAGAGAGCUCUAGAUACCACAGGGACAUCCGCAGAUACCUCAAGGCCAAGGUGUUGCCUCCCUUGAAGGAUGUGAAGGAAAGGCCAGAAAUCGGCUGCACCGUUCGAAACAAACUUGUGCGUCUCAUGACUCAUAUAGACAUGGCUGUGAAACAGGGGGCUGCUGAGUUCCUUUUUGUCCUCUGCAAGGAGAGCGUGGAUAAUCUGUUGAAGUAUACUGGUUACGGCAAUGCUGCGGGGCUGUUAAUGGCACGAGGGUUGCUGGCCGGAGGCAGAGGAGAGACACAGUACUCAUCUGAUGAAGACUCGGACACUGACGAAUACAAGUCAGCAAAACCUUUCAUUAACCCCAUUACAGGACACAUAGAGCACCCAAUGCCAAACCCCUUUGAGGAGAUGACAGAGGAGCAGAAGGAAUAUGAAGCUCAGAAGCUUGUCAAUAUGAUUGAUGAAUUAUCAAGAAAAGAACUGAUCAGACCAAUGGGAGUGAGGAAGGAUGGCACACUAGCGCCCCUAGGACAAGCUAUCCAUGAGUGCAGCCCACCACCCAGCAGUGACUCGGACUCAGACUAGCAGGAGAAACUGGAGUUCACUGAAACCCUUCAGGCACCGCUGCUGACGGCUAACCGUCGCAGUCUUACAAACUGUCCCUUGCAAGGGGAUACUUCAGUUACUUUUGUUGCACGAGGGGCAUGUCUUUCUAAUUGGGGCGUAUAUGGUAAAAUACAUAUUGAGCAGAGAGAGCAGAAACACAAAUGUUUAAAUGGAUAUCUGGUUAUGAUCAGACAUCAGAUGUGAUCACAGUGACUAUCAGGAGGAGCUGUUAAGUAGGAAGUUACACAACUUAUUCACAUGUCUUUGACGCUAUUUGUGAAAAAGUAAAUGCACUUCAAUAAUGACAUGUAAAGGCUUCAUCACUUAAUCUUACAAAUCAAUGUUUAAAAGCUGUAUUUAUUAUUAAAGUCUGUGGCUGUUGCUGGUCCACAGAUUGGAGAAACCCGUUUUAUGAUGUUUCAAAACACUUGAAUGGUUUUUGAAAUGUUAUAUGCCAAGACAAGCCAUGAGAUCAUUUUUAAAUGAGUUAUUUGUUGUGCACUUGAUUGUUUUUAAAAAUGCAUUUUUUUUGUGUCUACCACUUAAGCCUUGAGUUUCAAACAAUUGUCUUUUCUAAUGUUAUAUUUUUAACUACACAAUUUUCUAUAUAUAUGUAUUUUUUUCCUUUUUUUUUUCUUUCAAUGUUGGUGUGAUUUUUUUUUUUUUUUUCCCCUUUUAUCCUUUUUCUAAUGUUCGGUUUUCUACGCAAGACAAAGCAUGUAAUUAAAUUCAGAUUUUCUAAAUACUCAUCUUCUAUAACCACUAUAAUAAAAGUCAGCAAAGUAAAUGGGCUUUGUAAAACUUGUAAAAUGUUAAUUUUCCCUCAACUUUUGAA